GGUGGCUGUUGUUGUUGUUGUUGUUGUUGCAGUUCCCCUGUACAGACUGAGGUGAUGCUGUCUCUGGUACAGAGUGGGACCUCAUUCAAGUCUCGCCCUUCGGUCGAGGGAGUGGGUAACAGCCGGACACAGGGGAACCCCGAGGGGGUCCACUCGGCCACUGAGAUGGAGGGUCUGUACUUGGGGGUCCGGGGCUACGGGGUUCCUGACCCCCCGGUGGGGGCGAGUGACACGGAUUUGGCAAAAGACCCUCCGCCGACCCCACUCUCCAGGAACUUCCACCGGAUUUCCCCAACUCUCCCUCCCAACAACACAGAAGUCCCGAGUUCCCUGGACCUGGAGACUCGUGCCCCCUACAUCCCCAUGGACGAUGAGGAUUUCCAGCUGGGACCCAUCCUGCCCGACCAGCCGGAGACAGCCCCAGCUCCCGGCCUGUACCCCCGGCCCCCGACAGGGCCGCCCGCCUUCCCCAUGAGGUUCCUGCCACCCCUCAGCCCCCAGCCCCCGGCC